AUGGCGGCGCACCAGAAGAUCCACCCGGCGGACCUGGAGACCGGCUCCCAGGAGGCGCCGCUGGUCUCCCGCGACUCCGUCCACUCAGAGAAGGGCGACGCGGCGUCGCCGGCGACUCGCCCUCCUUUGUACCCGCGCCGCCGCCGCGCCAUCCCCGUCGCCCACUCCGAGCCCCCCAAGAAGAGGAGAUCCCGCUGCUGCCGCUGCCUCUGCUGGACCUUCUGCAUGCUCUUGCUCUUCAUCGUCCUCGUCGCCGCCACCGCCGGCAUCCUCUACCUCGUCUUCCAGCCCAAGGCCCCCAAGUACUCCGUUGACCGCCUCCGCAUCUCGUCGUUCAACGUAAACAACUCCGCCAGCGGCAGCUUCGACGUCAGCGCUGCCUUCAGCGUCGUCGUGACGGCGACCAACCCCAACAAGAAGAUCGGCAUCUUCUACGAGGAGAAGAGCCACCUUAGCGUCUGGUACGACGGCACAAACCUCUGCACCGGCAGCCUGCCGGCGUUCUACCAGGGCCACCGCAACACCACCGUCCUCACGGUGGCGCUGACCGGGCAGACAGCGGUGGAUACCAACAUGAUCAGAUCCCUGGAGGCGCAGCGGCAGGCCGGCACCAUCCCCUUGCUCUUCCGAGGCUCCGUCCCCGUGAGGGUAAAGUUUGGCGCCCUGAAGCUGUGGAAGGUCAGAUUCCUGGUCAGCUGCGACAUCGUGGUAAACAAUCUGUCCGUCACCAACAACAUCAGCAUCCGGUCCAGUAGAUGCGGGUUCAAGUUCAGGAUGUGA